AUGGAGGACGCAUCUGCAUCGAAGUACAUCCCACACCAAAUCGGAGGGGUCCAAAACGAUGUGCUUCGGUUCGGACUCGAUGGAGUCAAGAGCGACAUUGUUGGUUCUCACCCUCUCCAAUCCUCUCUUCAAUCCACAAGGAGGAUGGAAGAAGCGAUGAAGAGGCAAUGUAAAGUUAACUUGUAUGGAACUGCUUUUCCACUGAAGGAGGAGCUUGACAGACAAAUAUUGUCUAGGUUCCAGCGGCCUCCUGCACAAAUUCCAUCUUCCAUGCUGGGUUUGGAGACUUUUACAGGAAGCAUUGAUCACUUCGGUUUUGAGGAUUGUCUGAAUGACCCCCGUGACUCAGAGACUUUCAGGCCAUCCGACAUGCAUCAUGGGAUGGAAGUUCGCCUUGGUCUAUCUAAGGGACCAGUGUACCCAAACAAAGAGAGAAUGGAGAGAAAGCCUCUCGUUGUGUGCUGCGUUGUUGCCUUCCUGGGACUGUUGGCGGCCGCAACUAGCUUCGGUGCAGAAGCCACCAGGAUAAAGAGUUCUCAAGUUCAUUCUGUUACUCUCAAUCAGUGCACGUAUCCUCGAAGUCCUGCCCUACCUCUUGGUUUAAUUGCAGCAAUGGCUCUUAUGCUAUCUCAAAUAACCGUAAAUGUUGCAACUGGGUGUGUUUGUUGCAGAAAAAAUUCUCAAAUCCCAGAUUCCAAUUGGAAGGUGGCACUGAUCUGCUUUGUUUUGUCCUGGUUCACAUUUGUAAUUGCUUUUCUCCUGUUGCUUACUGGUGCUGCACUGAAUGAUCAACGUGGUGAAGAGAGUGUGUACUUUGGCUAUUACUACUGCUAUGUUGUGAAACCUGGAGUGUUUGCAGGGGGAGCAAUUUUAUCCCUUGCAAGUGCUGCAUUUGGAAUUGUGUAUUACAUUUCCCUAACUCAGAAAAAGAAUGGUAUCCAAUACCCAUAUCCAAACCAAGGGGUCAUAGCCAUGGCACAGCCGCAGAUCCCAUCUCAGACUAGUGAAGAACCAGUAUUUGUGCAUGAAGACACAUACGUCAGACGACAGUUCACAUGA